AACCGAUAUAACCUUGAAACCUCCUCGAAAUCACCUUAACAUAUCUUCAAAAUUGUAGAAAGUGGUUGUUUACAGUAAUUAGUUAGCAGCUAGCAAACUCUCUCCCAACAACUUGCAUUACACGCCAUAAAAGCCUCUUCAUAUUUUACGGAGCUACAAAAUGUACACAAAGUCGGUCCAUCCCCUUAUUAAUACUCACUCUUUCAUUGUCUUGGACAACCCUAGAGCUAUUUUCCUCUGUUCUUGGACUUCAAAUUUCCGUAAAAUCCUACAUUGAUCAAUGGAUGCAUCGACGAUCAUGUUGGUGUUUGCAGUCAUCGCGGCUUAUAUGAUGUGGUUCAAGGCGAUGAUUAGGCCAUUGAAGGGUCCGCGAGUGUGGCCUUUGUUGGGGAGUCUCCCUGGAUUGAUUGAGAAUUCUGACAGAAUGCAUGAUUGGAUAGCUGAAAAUUUACGAGCCUGUGGCGGCACGUACCAGACGUGCAUUGCUGCAGUGCCAUUUCUGGCGCGGAAGCAAGGCCUCGUGACGGUCACUUGUGAUCCGAAUAAUUUAGAGCAUAUUUUGAAGGUGAGGUUUGAGAAUUACCCCAAGGGGCCUAAUUGGCAAGGUGUGUUUCAUGAUUUGCUUGGUGAGGGGAUUUUUAAUUCUGACGGUGACACGUGGAAAUUCCAGCGCAAAACGGCUGCGCUGGAGUUUACGACUAGGACGUUGCGCCAGGCCAUGGCACGGUGGGUGAGUCGAGCCAUUAAGGUUAGGUUUUGUCCGAUUCUGAAGAGGGCUGAGGCUGAAGGCGAGCCGGUUGAUCUUCAAGAUUUAUUGUUAAGGCUAACUUUUGAUAAUAUAUGUGGAUUGGCUUUUGGUAAGGAUCCUGAGACUCUGGCUCCUGGCUUGCCUGAGAAUCAUUUUGCUUCGGCUUUUGAUCGAGCCACGGAGGCUACGUUGAGGCGAUUUAUCUUGCCAGAGAUGAUUUGGAAGCUGAAAAAAUGGCUCAGGAUUGGCAUGGAAGUCGGCUUGAGUGAGGGCGUUGGCCACGUGGACAAGUACUUGACAGGUGUCAUCAAUACACGUAAGAUCGAGCUGAUUAGUCAGCAAAAUGGCGGCGGUGGGGUCCCACACGACGAUUUGCUGUCUCGUUUCAUGAAGAAAAAAGAGUCAUACUCUGACAAAUUUCUGCAACACGUGGCACUCAACUUCAUCCUAGCUGGACGCGACACGUCCUCCGUGGCGCUGAGCUGGUUUUUCUGGCUGGUCACAAAAAACCCCAGAGUAGAAGAAAAAAUCUUGUUAGAAAUAUGUUCUGUUCUGACAGAGACACGUGGCAGGGAUAUAUCCACGUGGCUUGCUGAGCCACUAGUGUUCGAAGAAGUUGACAGACUGAUAUACCUCAAGGCAGCUCUGUCCGAGACACUCAGGCUAUAUCCAUCUGUCCCGGAGGACUCGAAACACGUGCUCUCCGACGACACAUUGCCGGAUGGCACGGUGGUUCCGGCCGGCUCAUCAAUCACCUACUCAAUCUACUCAUCCGGGAGAAUGAAGUUCAUAUGGGGAGAGGAUUGUCUCGAAUUCAGACCUGAAAGAUGGCUAACUCAAGAUGGUACAAAAUUCGAAACCAAGGAUCCCUUUAAAUUUGUGUCCUUUAAUGCAGGGCCGAGGAUCUGUCUAGGCAAGGACCUGGCCUAUCUGCAAAUGAAGUCAAUUGCGGCUGCAGUGCUGCUGCGCCACCGCCUGACAGUGGCGGAAGGGCACCGCGUGGAGCAGAAGAUGUCGCUGACAUUGUUCAUGAAAUAUGGGCUCAAGGUUGAUGUGCACCCUAGGGACUUGGCUCCUGUGGUGGCCAAGAUUGCAGAUAAUUCUGCAUGCAUGGGCAAGACAAAAGCUGAUGAGGAGCUAAAUUAUGUUGCUUGAAUAUGUUCUCUGCUGCAUAUUUACAAUAAUCAUCUAUGAGUCGAAUGUAGAUAUGAUGUCUGUACAUUAGUACAUGUAUGUGUAUAACAGUUUAUAUUUACGAAUUUUCAAUUUUUCA